AAUGCUGGAUUUACUGUUAUAUCUAAUGCGCAGAUGGACCCCAUAGUAAUGGAAAAUUACGCAGCUUCUCCUGCUGUGCGUUUUGGUGACGAUGAAUCGGAAAUCAGCACUCCGCACAUUCGCCGAGAUUUUCCCGAAACCUGGCUCUGGAUGGAUAUGGCUAGCACAGACAUCAACGGAACCUUAACAGUGACUGGCGUCGUCCCUGACAGUAUCACCAAUUGGCAAAUUAGUGCAUUUUCGAUCAGCCCCGAUCACGGCCUUGGUAUCAUCGAUCGUCCGUUAUCACUGAACGUUUUGAAACAAUUCUUCAUCACCAUGAAUCUGGCAUAUGCCAUUAUGAAAACUGAGGUGGCUGAGGUGGAAAUUUUCGUAUAUAACUAUUUCAAUCAAUCUCAGGAGAGUAAGGUUACUUUAUUCAACCAACGGGAGCAAUUCCAGUUCUACAACGAGCAGAAUGAGUCUAGUAGUGCCUUGGAACAAUCCCAGAAUAUUUCCAUCCCCGCCAACAGUGUUCGGAAGGUAAAAUUCCUACUCAAACCGACGACAACCGGUAACUUACUGAUAUACGUAACAGCGGAGGCUACUACAGCCAAAGAUGCCAUUCAACAAACUCUUCGAGUAACUCCAGGUGGGCUGCAGUACUACCGAAACAUACCAAGAUUCAUCGAAGUCGAAAGCUCGACACAGAGUUUCAACGAUCUGAAACUCAUAAUUCCUCGAGUGGCAACAUCCGGCUCGGAGAACAUCACUUUUUCGGUGGAAGGUAUCCUACUGGGAGCAGCACUGACAAAUUUAGGGAACUUGAUCCGUCUCCCAACCGGUUGUGGUGAGCAAAAUAUGCUGAAUCUUGUACCGAGUGUCAUAGCCUUAGAAUACAUGAGCAAUACGGGGACUCUCAACGAUGCUAUCAAGAAAAAAGCUAUAGACUAUCUACAGAAAGGCUACCAGAAUCAACUGAAUUACAAACUACCGGAUGGGUCGUUCAGUGUGUUUGGCAAAUCAGACGGACGGGGCAGUGUAUUUUUAACAGCGUUUGUCGCGAAAACGCUUCGUAUUGCAGAGAAACAUAUUACAGUCGACACCGACGUCGUGAAUAGUGCAUACGAAUGGUUGAAGAAACAGCAGGAAUCUGAUGGAAAAUUCGUCGAACACGGUAAAGUUCAUCAUCGUACCAUUCAAGGUGGCUUGAGCGGUAACGUAGCGCUGACAGCUUACACGCUGAUUGCUUUUUUGGAACAUAAGAAUCUCGCGCAACGUUACAAAUCUGUUGUCGAUAAAGGAGCCUCGUUUAUAAGUGAUCAAGUUCCAAAAUUAAGUAAACCCUAUGAACUGGCAUUAGCGUCGUAUGUUCUUCAGUUAGCCAUGCAUCCACAGAGAAAUAUUCCACUCGAUAAACUUCUGGAGCACUCGAAAGUUGAUGCCGAUUUGACAAAACGCUGGUGGGAUAGUGGAACCACUAGUAUCGAGACAGCUGCUUAUGCUCUGCUAACCUACAUAAAUCGCGGGAUGUACGUAGAUGCCAAACCCAUCAUGGAGUGGUUAGUUUCGCAACGAUACGACAAAGGCGGUUUCGAUAAUACUCAAAACACGUUUCUGGGACUUCAAGCACUCUCCGAAUACUCCCAGAAGUUGUCUAGCUCUCGAAAUAAUUACGAAAUAACUAUUUCCUAUGACGAUGAUCAACGGCAAAUCGUUCAAGUAGACGCCGAAUCCUCAUUGAGAAGUCAAUAUCUGACUUUACCCUCGAGUGUGCGAAAUGUCAACGUGGCGAUCACAGGAACCGGAACUGGAGUGUUUCAGAUAGCAUAUCAGUACAAUGUGGUUGCAGCGGACAGUGAACCUCGAUUCGAAAUAAUCAACACGGUCAGAAAGGGUGGUUCCGCUGAUACUAUCGAACUGAAAGUUUGUUCCCGAUUCAAGCCGAAAAAUCAGUUCGAGGUGACGAAUAUGGUACUGAUGGAGAUACUGUUUCCUAGCGGAUAUGUGGUCGCUGACAAAACGCGGAAACAGCUUAAGACCGUCAAAGAAGUACGGAAAGUUGAAACCAAACGGGAAGACACAAUGCUUGUUUUGUACUUCGACUCGCUACCGAUAGAAAAAUCAAUCUGCGUUGACAUUUUUGGUUUGCGGAAGGCCAUCGUUCUGGGGCAAAUAUCUGGCUGGAUAAAAGUUUACGAUUAUUAUGAUCCCACUCGAGAGGCUAUCGAAUAUUUCAACGGAAAAAUCGUCAAUCCAGAGUCGGAACCUUGAAUCCUGCUCUUACUUCUUCUACGUGAAAAAGAAAUCAAGUAACGUGUUAGAAGAAAUAAAAACAUGACCAAGCUCAA